AUGAAGAAAAAGUACCAGGGCUCAACAAGAGUGAAGCGAGCACAGCUUCAAGCCAUAAGAAGAGAUUUUGAGACUCUUCAAAUGAAAAAUGGAGAAUCAGUUACUGAUUAUUUUGGAAGAGUUGUGGGGAUAGCAAACAAAAUGCGAAUCCAUGAUGAUAAGAUUAAAGAUGGUGCUGUUGUUGAGAAGAUCCUGAGAUCUAUGGCUCCAAAAUUCAAUUAUAUUGUGUGCUCUAUUGAAGAGUCUAAUGACAUUGAUGAAAUGUCAAUUGAUGAGCUGCAAAGCUCCUUACUAGUCCAUGAACAAAGGUUGAAUCGAUGCACCUCAGAAGAGCAAGCUUUGAAAGCUUCUACCUUUGUUGAAUCCACAAGCUCAAGAGAAAGAGGACGAGGUAGAGGUAGAGUACGUGGAAGAAGUGCUCGAGGCAACCGAGAUGGAAGCAGACAACGCGAGUAUUUCAAAAGAGAUGAUGAUCACUCCCAGUUUCAGAAUAAAAGAAGAGGACAGGUGGACAAGUCCAAGAUUGAGUGCUAUAGGCGUGGAAAUCAUGGGCAUUACAGCAAUAAGUGCUACACAAAGAUGCCAAAAGACAAAGAAAAAUGA